ACUGCAGAGAGAGCCAGAAAGCUGUAAGGCGCACACGAGGGGAUGUUAAGUGGGUGACACAGACGCUCAGUUACUCUAUCGCAGACUCGCGCACACUCGAGCUGACAUGCCCGUCAUGUUUUCGGAUGAGCCGGCUAUGAACUGGACCUCCACAGAGGGCGCCUCCCGGCACGACCGGUGGAGCGACACGCCGCGGGAGCAGUUGACGCGCGGCGGUCAGCGCGUGAUCUCGCUCUUCCUGGGUUCCAUCAUGGUGUUCGGCUUCUUUAACAAUUUUCUGGUGCUGGUUCUGUUCUGCAAGUUUAAGACGCUGCGGACGCCCGUCAACAUGCUGCUGCUCAACAUCAGCGUCAGCGACAUGCUGGUGUGCGCCUGCGGGACCACACUGAGCUUCGCGUCCAGCCUGCGCUACCGGUGGUUGUUUGGACGGCUGGGGUGCUUGUGGUACGGCUUCAUCAACUCUUGCUUCGGUAUUGUUUCUCUGGUGUCUCUCGCCCUCGUGUCCUACGAACGAUACAGCACCCUGCUAGUGUACAACAAGCGGGCCCCGGACUAUAGGAAGCCUCUGCUCGCAGUGUGUGGGGCUUGGCUCUACUCACUGGCGUGGACGUUGCCCCCCUUGCUGGGAUGGAGCAGCUACGGGCUGGAGGGCGCGGGGACCAGCUGCUCGGUGACGUGGACCGAGCGAACAUCCUGCUCUCAUUCCUACAUCAUCUGUCUGUUCGUCUUCUGUCUGGGUCUGCCCGUCUUUACCAUGAUGUACUGCUACGGUCGCCUUUUGCAUGCCGUUAGACAGGUGGGUCGAAUUCGCAGGACGAGGCGGCGGGAGUUCCACAUCCUGUUCAUGGUUGUCAUCACAGUGCUUUGCUUCCUUCUCUGCUGGAUGCCGUACGGCGUCGUCGCCAUGAUGGCCACAUUUGGCCAGCCGGGCCUCAUCAGCCCUGUAGCGAGUGUGGUGCCGUCCAUCCUGGCCAAGAGCAGCACUGUGUUCAACCCGGUCAUCUACAUCCUGAUGAACAAGCAGGUGAGGUGGGAGCUCUCCACCCUGGAUUGCUCGCCAUGGUACAUACAAAGAACUGGGAAGUGGAUGUGCUUUCCCCCAUGGACCCAGCUUUGA